CACUAAUACUCUAUCUCUCCCUCUCAAAGCUGAAGCUGGGUUAGCUAACCCAAGCCCGAACGAACGAAUUCCAGGCGACAUGAGUUAGCAAUCCAAACCGAAAACCCUACUUCCACAGCCCUAGGUUUUUUCUCUUUUCAAAUUUCAAUUUUUAUUUAUUUUUCAUUUUUUUUAGGGUAAAAUCGAAAUUACCAUGUUUGGGUGAUUAAUUUUGGGCAUCGAAGAAGAAGAAGAAGAAGAGAUGUACAGAGAGCGCGGGGUGGUUGGGUCUAAGACGGCGGAGGUGUUGGGGCCCGCCGUUGAUCGGAAGCAGCGGAUCAACGACGCCUUGGACAAGCAGCUUGAGCGAUCCUCGCCCUCCACUUCUAGGGCAAUCAACGGCAAGGACAAGCCGCUUAUCAUGGGUGGGAAGCAGCCUCCCUCCGAUCACAAAGACUCUCGUUCUGCCUCUCUCACCAAAACCAAUUGCUCCGAUGAGGAAUCUGAGACAGACAGUGAAGAGUCGGAUGUUAGUGGUUCCGAAGGGGAUGACACAUCUUGGAUCUCAUGGUUUUGCAAUUUGAGAGGAAAUGAAUUUUUCUGCGAAGUCGAUGAUGAUUACAUACAAGAUGAUUUUAACCUCUGCGGGCUAUGCAGCCAAGUGCCGUACUAUGAUUAUGCACUUGAUUUAAUUCUGGAUGUUGAAUCUUCUCACGGUGAUAUGUUCACAGAAGAACAAAAUGAAUUGAUUGAAUCAGCGGCAGAGAUGCUUUAUGGUCUCAUUCAUGUUCGAUAUAUAUUGACAAGCAAGGGCAUGGCUGCCAUGCUAGACAAGUACAAGAACUAUGAUUUUGGGAGAUGCCCGAGAGUUUUCUGCAGUGGACAACCCUGCCUCCCAAUUGGCCAGUCAGAUAUCCCACGGUCCAGCACUGUAAAAAUAUACUGCCCCAAGUGUGAAGAUAUUUACUACCCUCGAUCAAAGUAUCAAGGUAACAUUGAUGGAGCCUAUUUCGGAAGCACAUUUCCGCACCUGUUCAUGAUGACAUACGGGCACCUGAAGCCACAGAAAGCGUCACAGAGUUAUGUUCCUAGAGUGUUCGGAUUCAAGCUUCACAAGCCAUGAUGCUGAAAUUUCAAGCUUCAGCCAGGGCUUUCAUGUGAGACUUACUCCCCUCUGUCAGUAAUGUUCUCGAGAGCGGGCGGACUUGUCCGUUUGGCUUUAUUAUCAAUAAUUACGUUGUAGUGGCUUCUGCCGGACUUGUUUUCUUCGUUUUCUUAUUAGCUAAAGCGGGAUUAUUGGCGCUCUGAGAAUAGCUAGUUCAUCUCUACAAUUUUCUUGUGUCUUGAGAAUUGUAUCGUGUAGUCUCUUAAUAUUCUUGUCUAAUAGAGCAGCAGUAGGAUUAUAUGCGCA